UUUCAUCGUUAUCAUAGUGUGACGUCACUACCAGAAGAGGGCGCUUCUGUCAAGUGUAAAUCUGAAAGUAGGAAUCACAACAUGGCCUUGUCGGUAUCGAACAGACUGAACAGCUUUGCUAGAAGUGCUAGCCAUUACCUGAAGCAAUGGAAUCCAAACCAUCACAGUGGACCCUGUGUCCUGGUCAACUCCUGCCAGCAUUACAGCUCAGACAGCUCCAAACCAAAGACGGGAAUUCUGAUGUUAAACAUGGGCGGACCUGAGAAAGAGGCUGAUGUACAGAGCUUCCUGACCAGGUUGUUUCUGGAUAGAGAUCUGAUGCAGCUCCCCGCUCAACAGGUGCUAGGUCCACGCAUUGCUCAGAGGAGAACCCCAAAGAUCCAGGAACAAUACAACAAGAUUGGGGGAGGGUCACCGAUCAAAAAGUGGACCGAGACCCAGGGCCAAGGCAUGGUCAAACUACUGGACCAGAUCAGCCCAGAAACAGCACCACAUAAGUUUUAUGUUGGAUUUCGAUAUGUUCAUCCACUCACAGAGGAAGCCAUUGAGGAAAUGGAAAGUGAUGGCAUAGAAAGGGGUGUGGCCUUUACACAGUACCCACAAUACAGCUGUUCCACCACAGGAAGUAGCAUCAACGCCUUCUACAGACACUACGCCAAGCGGGGUCAGCCUUCCAACAUCCUGUGGAGCUGUAUUGACCGCUGGCCCACUCACCCAGGGCUUGUCCAGGCUUUUGCUGAGAGCAUCCAGAGUGAACUGGCCAAGUUUUCAGAAGAUGUACGAGACGAUGUUGUCAUCCUAUUCUCUGCCCAUUCCCUCCCCCUCAAGGUUGUAAACAGAGGGGACCCCUACCCUGCAGAAGUAGGAGCCACAGUGAACCGAGUGAUGGAGGCCCUCAAUCACAGCAACCAGUAUCGCCUGGUGUGGCAGUCCAAGGUUGGUCCUCUUCCUUGGCUGGGUCCCCCCACUGACGCAGCUAUAGAGGGACUGGCUUCCAAGGGCAAGAAAAACAUCCUUCUGGUGCCCAUUGCUUUCACCAGCGACCACAUCGAGACAUUGUAUGAACUGGACCUGGAGUAUGCUGAAGAACUUGGAGAGAAACACAAUCUGAACAUACGAAGAGCUCCAGCCAUGAAUGACAGCGCCACCUUCAUCAAGGCUCAGGCAGAUCUAGUCAAGUCUCAUUUGGACUCGAACAGAGCGUGCUCAAAACAGCUGCUGCUCAGGUGCCCAAUGUGUGUCAACAACACGUGCGGUCAGGCCAAGCAGUUCUUCAGUGACCAGCAGGUGCUACUUGACACCCACAUGCAGCAGAAGGGGGUGGACCGGGCGAUGGGGGCCCAGUCAGCCACCGCCUAAUGCGGAAUCAUGAGUGUUGACAAAUCUGGAAAUCGGUGCAUGUCAACGCAGAUUCAGUUUGUGGAAACCAAUGUAUGUCAACAAAAGUUAAUUUGUUAACUUAAGAUGUUCAACUUGGAAAGCCAAACUGACAUAUGCAUUGCUGUUUAUGAUAUUUAUGCAUUAAAUCUGUCACAAUUUUAUCAAGAUGAGUGUUCUGUUAGUGUAACUGAAACUGGAAUCAAAUGUGUCGUCAUAUCUGGAACUCAGUGUAUGUUGACAAUUGUAAAUUUGACGUAUCCAGUGCUGUUUCAUGUUUACAAUGCAUGUUUCAAAUUAUUUUCUUUGUUAUGAAAUAAUUAAGAUUUAUUAGUGUUCCAGAGAGGUCUUUCAAAUGUUUUUUGAAGAUUUAUUUAUAAUAUAUUCAAUUGAUAGUACUCCUUAUUAUGUGCUCUGUAUAAUUACACUGAUAAAUGUAUCAAGUUGUUUCAAAUCCAAAUUGAAAUUAUUCUAGCUUUUUGUUUGUGUCAUGUAGUCAGUCGUGAAUUUUUUUUUUGAAUACAUGCAUUUCUUUUCCAAACUAUCUCUUAAAAAUUACAAAAUUUUAAAAAAUUACAAUUUUUCACUCAUAUAACUGCCAAGGGGAAUAACUUUUCUCUUCUUUUCAUGUAGCUCUGAAAAUAUUGCAGUGUUUGGAAGUACUUAAAUUUGUAUUUAUACUUAAGAAUUGUUGGCAUUUUAUAUAUACCGGUACAUCUACUCUCCACUGCAUGUACUUUGUAAUGUUUGUGUUUGAUAGUGAUAAUUCUGUCUCUUUCAAUUUUCAUUAAGAUAUCUUAAACAUUGAUUUGAACAUGUUUUAUUAGCCAUCAAGCAUAGAUAUACCAGUAGAUGUACAAUUUUCAUGUCAAAGGAUGAGGAAUUCAUUUGGAUGUAAAUUUUACAAUGGGCAUUUCUUCUACACUUGAACAGAGAUUUUAAAUUAUUGUUUAAUUUAGAAUUCCAUAUUGAUGGUAGAUGGUAGAUGGUAGAUGGUAGAUGGUUUACUUCAGUCUAUAACAUUGACUGUAACCACAAUGUCUUUCUUUGAAGGACUCAAUAUUACAGGACUUUUUCACCCUUAGAUAUAAAUGUAAUUCAAAUUUAUAUCAAAAUUAUCCAUCCAUAACUUCACAAUUUAAUUUUAUUUAAAUGAACAUAAGAUUUGUCCUUGGAAAUAAAUGAAUAUACAGUUUUAUAUAACGAAUUGUGUAUUGAGGUGCUAGAUUUUAAGUUGGUCAAGUUUUGUGAAUAGAUAUAACAUAUCAAGCCUUCUUUCACUUUCUGUUUCCUUUAUGUAUACAAGUAUGAUGGACAUUCCUCCUAUAAUUAAAAAUUAACCUCCAGUUUUCAUUGCCUCUACCUAAAAUUCCAAAGGCCAAAGAAAUGUUUUUUAAAAACAGAAAACAUUUGUAGAAAUGGCAUGUUACAUGUUUAUAUUUAUUUAGUACUUGUAGUUUUUCUGUGUACUUUCAAAAAUGAUUUAUUUGUGUUCUACUUGUGUUAAGGGUCCAGUUUCACACACAUAUUAAGUCCCUUAGUGAAGGUCCCUACACUGUACAUCUAAUUUAAUGAACUUACUGGACAGCUGAAGCAGGUGUGGGACUAAAACUUCUAAGAUAAAUAUAAUUUUUUUUUUGUCAAAACAUGACGUUGAUAUGGUUUACAUGCAAAUGUAAAUGUCAUUAUACAUGUAUGUUAUUUGCAAUAAACUCUUUGGACUGGU